AUGCUCUCCGCAUUUACGGCUCGACCCAUCAUCGAGCUCAAGCAGAGAGACAAAUCCAAGAUCGAGUCUAUCCUCGCCUACGGUGAUCGCGUCCUUGUCGGGUUGAAUACGGGAUCACUCAGGAUAUACCGUGUAAACGAGCUUCCACCUGCUGCCCCUCCACCACCAUCAUCGAGCCAGUCCGCGAACGGAACAUCGUCCCAACAGUCGAGCGAAGCCACCGAAUCGACGACUACCCAAGACCAAAAUGGAUCUUCAACGACUCAAGACUACCACCAGAAUACCGGGCCAGGCUUUCUAAAUGCCCAAGCCGCGCCGAUAGGACCCAAGCCCACCGACCUCCUUCGCGAGGUAGAAAAGUUCUCGACGCGCGCUAUCGAACAACUCGCCAUAAUCAAGGAAGCCAACACCAUAAUAUCUCUGUCCAACUACAACGGUGUUGCUCUUCACGACCUCCAGACCUUCGAACCGAUCGAGUUUCCCACAGCCCGAACCAAGAGCGCUUCCACCUUCGCCGUCACAAGCAAUAUUGUCAAGGAUCCUGACACCGGAAUACCCGAGAUUAUAUCGCGUCUGGCUGUUGCUGUAAAGCGCCGCUUGCUGUUGUGGUCAUGGCACGAGAGCGAGCUCUCCCCCGAUGUCACCGAAAUAGUCCUUUCCGAGGCAAUCCGGUCCCUCACAUGGGCCAACGCGAACAAGGUGGUCUGCGGCAUGAACGGUGGCUACCAAAUAGUCGAUGUUACAACCGGUCAUAUGGAGGAUAUUGUUGGUCCCGGGGCUAUCGGGGCGGCGGGAGGACAGAGUCGCUUUGGUGCUACAGCCAGUAUGGGAUACAUGGGGCUGGGCAACUUUACACCCAAGCCUCUAUCAGCAAAGCUCGCCGAGGGCCAGCUAUUGCUCGCCAAAGAUAUCAACACGUUAUUUAUCAAUGACGCCGGGAAGGCGUUGGAGAAGCGCCAGAUUCCCUGGCAAGCCGCUCCUGAAAGCAUUGGAUAUAGUUACCCUUAUAUCCUUGCCUUGCAAUCACCGACCAAGGGCAGUCUGGAAGUACGAAAUCCGGACACAUUGAACCUUCUCCAGACUAUCAGUCUACCAGGGGCCGCUUCUCUGCAUUUCCCACCACCUACGGUCAGCCUGGCGCAUGCCGGAAAAGGCUUCCAUGUCCUGAGCGAGAGAGUGGUGUGGAAGAUGGAUGCCACGGACUACGACUCCCAGAUCGACGAGCUGGUAAAGACCCAGAGGUAUGAUGAAGCCAUUAGCAUCUUGGCCAUGUUGGAGGAUGCGCUUCUCAAAAACAAAACCGAGACUAUGCGCGAAGUGAAAAUGCUUAAGGCCGAACUGCUCUUCCGCCAAAGGAAAUUCCGCGAGUCAAUGGAUCUGUUCAAUGAAGACGAGGUCCAUGCUCCACCCGAGAGGGUACUAAGGCUCUUCCCCAAGAUUAUUGUUGGAGAGCUGGGUGUCGACGAGAAGAAGCCUGAAGAGCCGCAGGAAGACUCAGACAAUGAAGGGGCCCCUAAUGGCAAGGCAAAUGGAGAUCAGGCGUCCAAGGAGGAUGAGCCGCAUUUUGAAGUAUCGUCGCCACAAAAAGGCAGUGGGUUUGCCAAGUACCUCAUGGGUCACGGUCGCAAGAAGUUUGAUCCAGAGACAUCAUCGAUUGUCUCCUCCAGAAGGGGCCCAGUCGAUGAUGACGCGGCUAGCAUCAGGAGCAAGGCAGCCGAGGACCAACGCGCUCAAGAUGAAAAGGAUCUUAUGACAGCCGUCUCAGAGCUGAACAGCUACUUGGCUGGAGCAAGAGCGAGACUUCAGAGAGUUAUCGAUCCAGCCACCGGAAAGCUGAAGCCGCGCAAGUCCUCGAACGGAGCCACGGAGGAAGCUUUCAAGACACUACUAAUGUCUCAUAAGGAUGAGGAUGACGAACAACUUGAAAAAGAUCUCCAGGAAACUUUCAGAGUCGUUGACACCACUCUCUUCCGCGCAUUUAUGUAUUCCCGUCCGACGUUGGCCAGCUCCCUUUUCAGAAUCCCCAACUUCUGCGACCCACAGGUGGUUAACGAGAGGCUCGUAGAGCACAAUCGGUUCAACGAGCUGGUAGACUUCUUUUACGGCAAGAAGCUACAUCGUCAGGCACUCGAUUUGCUUCGCAAGUUUGGCUCGCCGGACGAGCCUGACGAGGCGGCGCCUACCUUGCAUGGUCCUCAAAGGACGGUCCUCUAUCUUCAAGGUCUGCCGCCCGAGCUGAUCGACAUCAUUCUUGAAUUUUCCGAGUGGACGUUGAGGAAAGACCCCAGGCUAGGAAUGGAGGUCUUCCUUGCCGACUCGGAGAAUGCAGAGACUCUUCCAAGAGCGCGGGUCCUCCACUUUUUGGGUGGCAUCGACACGGCCUUGGAGAUCCAAUACCUGGAACAUAUCAUCUCCGAGCUGAAUGAUAUGACGCCUGAGUUUCACAACCGCCUUGUCGAGUUGUUUAUUAGACAGCUCAGGGAGGAGAAGAAACCAGGUGAGGAGGAAGAAUGGGACUCGCUCAUGGAGCGGUUGGUUCAGUUCUUGAAGGACAGUCGGCAGUACAGCCUCGGAAGAGCCUUCAGUCUCAUUCCUCGAGACGACUCACGUUUCUACGAAGCCCGAGCCGUUGUCCUCAGUAACAUGGGUCAACACAAACAAGCCCUGGAGAUCUACGUCUUCCAAAUGAAAGACUACAAGAAAGCAGAAGAAUACUGCAACCGCAUCCACAAAUCCUCCGAACACCCUCUCCCUACCUCCCCCUCUCACCCACCCGGGACAACCAACAUCACCUCGCCCUCCACCUCCACCGAAGACCCUUCCCAGGACGAAGCCCACCCUUCCAUCUACCACACCCUCCUCUCCCUCUACCUGACCCCUCCCUCCCCUCACAAACCCAACCUGCCUCCGGCCCUCGACCUCUUGUCCAAACACGGCUCCCGCCUGCCCGCCACCUCCACCCUCUCUCUGAUCCCAGACGACCUGCCCGUCUCCGAGCUCGAGGGCUACUUUCGCGGGCGCAUGCGCAACGCCAACAGCAUCGUCAAUGAAACCCUCGUCGUCGCCGGACUACGCAAAACGGGACUGGUCACGAGCCAGGCUCUGCUGUUGCUGGGCGAUGGGUUACCAAGGGGAGCGGCGGGGUUGUCGGGUGGAAAUACCAGGGUGGGAGGAAGGAAUAGACGGGUGGUGAUUGGGGAGGAGAGAGUCUGUGGGGUUUGUCAUAAACGACUUGGUGGAAGCGUGGUGGCGGUGUUGCCCGGUGGGGAGGAUGCGGUUGUUCAUUAUGGGUGUUUGGGGAGGUCACAACAUGGAAAGGGCUUGGGGACGGGGACGGGAAUUGCCGGUGUCGGUGUCGGUGGGGAGGUGAUGAGUCCGGGUGGUGGGAUGACGACAACGGGGAGUGUGAAGAGUGGUGUGAGCGGGGGGACGACGACGCAGUAUGGGGCUUGGGGGAGGGGGUAG